UAUCCCCCGACAAAGAAAAGAGAAAAAAAAAAACCUUUAAAACGCAGCGAUCCGUAGCGUAGCGUGCUCCGUUCAUUCUGACUUACAAAAACUCUCCGAUCACCGGAUAAAUGGUUCCGGUGACCGGCGCACUCAGAGAAAAUAAAGUUGUGUAGCUUCCGCUGAUUCUCGCCUUUGAAUGUAUGGAUUCUCAAGAGAUCCCCGAUAAUGGUAACAAGGGUUUUCUCUUCAUGUUCUUUCGAAUCGCUUUUGCCCUUCUCUUCCCCAUCUUCGCUUUCUUUUUCCUAUCAUUUCUAGUCGGGUUCGUUGCGGUCUUUAUCGGGGAACUAUCGAUUCCGAAUUCGAUUACCGUUCCCACACAGUGCAAGAUAGUCUCUAGCAGUGUGGAUAUUAGGUCAUCGAAGAUUUGUGAGCUUGGAUUAUUGAAUUAUAAAGCGAAGCAUGUGCUUUAUCAUUUCGAGAGAAGCAAAUUUAGAUGCCGAUAUGAUUACUAUUGGACCUCUGUGUUCGAGGUGGAGUACAGAGACCAUUCUUUGGGUCAGAUACGACUUGCCUUCACAGAGGCACCGAAUGAGGCACUUCCUCUUAGUUGCAGGCCUAACUUCGGUGCUGCUUGGUUGACGAAAGAUAAAUUCAAGGUUAAUGAAACCUAUGACUGCUGGUACACUUCAGGUAUUUCCAAAGUAAAGUUGUAUAAUGAUGGCUUUUUCAGUUGCCAAGCAAAAGAUCCAUCCACAAUCGAGAUGAUCAAACGUUAUUUAAUGAUAUCCACCAAGAUUGUAUACUCGUGGCUUUCAAGCAAGGGGAGAGGUAUUUAUUGGAGGUGGGAAACAAUAGCUGGUGUUGUUACUGGUUUUUCAACUUCUAUAAUCACUAUUAGCUUCAUUAGAAUUCUACAACAGAUGAAGUCCUGGUUGCCUCAAGCCCUUAAUACAGUCCAUAUCAAGCGUGUUUGUUUUCUACUAGUGUACGUUUCUGUUAUGGGUUGGUUGGUAUCCCAAUAUUGGAGGAGGCUCAAUAUCCCAGUGAUUAACGUUUACAACCACUAGGCAGCACUGUUUUUGUACGUGCUAUUUGUUAUUUGCCCCUGGACUUGGUAUGUGAAUUUGGAAUUGAGUCAUGUGGCUUUCCUUGUGGAAAGAUGUAAAAUUGAGUGGUAAACUGAUGUAUUUGGUCACCAGGUAGAUAAUAGCUCGGCAAAGAUUACAAGGAGCAGAGAGAAAGGGUCAUGUACAGUUGAUUUACGGUAUAAAACUGUUGUAUUCUGAUGUAUAAUAUGCAUCACUGCCCCUGAGAGAUUCAGGGUUUCACAGUGCAUGUUUCAUUUUCUGCU